CCGGCACUGGAACCGUCCGACCCCGGCCUGGAGCCGCUGCCUCUUUCUCCCUCCUUCGCUCCGUGCCCUGGUGCCGCGGGCAUGGUGAACCUGCGGGCGAGCGCGCUGGAGUGCGAGGCGCUGCGGGGGCUGCUGCGGGAGCGCGCCGCGCAGUGCCUCGUCCUCGACUGCCGCUCCUUCUUCUCCUUCAACGCGUCGCACAUCGCGGGCUCCUGCAACGUGCGCCUCAGCACCAUCGUCCGCCGCCGCGCCAAGGGCGCCGUGGGGCUGGAGCACGUCGUGCCCAACGAGGAGCUGCGCGCCCGCCUGCGCCAGGGGCUCUUCCACACCGUGGUGCUGCUGGACGAGCGCAGCGCCGACCUGGAGCUGCCCAAGCGCGACAGCACCCUCGUGCUGGCCCUGGGCGCCCUGUGCCGCGACACGCGCGGCGUGCGCAUCUGCUUCCUCAAGGGKGGUUACGAAGCCUUCUCGUCCACCUGCGCCGAGUUCUGCACCAAGCCAGCCGCCCCGACGGGCCUGAGCCUGCCCCUGAGCGCGGCCGGCGCGCCCGGCAGUGCCGACUCGGGCUGCAGCUCCUGUGGCACCCCGCUCUACGACCAGGGGGGACCCGUGGAGAUCCUGCCCUUCCUCUACCUGGGCAGCGCCUACCAUGCGUCGCGCAAGGACAUGCUGGACGCCCUGGGCAUCACGGCGCUCAUCAACGUCUCUGCCAACUGCCCCAACCACUUUGAAGGGCACUACCAGUACAAAAGCAUCCCUGUGGAGGACAACCACAAGGCAGAUAUCAGCUCCUGGUUUAACGAGGCCAUAGAUUUCAUAGACGCAGUUAAAAACGAUGGUGGAAGGGUAUUUGUGCACUGCCAGGCUGGCAUUUCUCGGUCAGCGACCAUCUGCCUUGCUUAUCUCAUGAGGACCAACAGAGUUAAACUGGAUGAAGCCUUUGAGUUUGUGAAGCAAAGAAGAAGCAUCAUCUCCCCAAAUUUCAGCUUCAUGGGACAGCUGCUUCAGUUYGAGUCCCAGGUCCUUGCCCCAAACUGCUCAGCAGAAGCUGGCAGCCCUGCUAUGUCUGCUGUACUGGACAGAGGAGCAUCAACCACAACCGUCUUUAACUUUCCAGUCUCCAUCCCUGUUCACACAUCAUCCAGUGCUUUAAGCUACCUUCAGAGCCCCAUCACCACUUCCCCAAGCUGCUGAAAGGCUGGUGAAAAACAUGGUCAGAACUUGGACUCUUAUUGUCUGAAAGUGCAAUAACUAUGAGGACAGUGUCAUCCACAGCCACUUGCAUUUGUGGAGGUCCAUUCAUCUAUCCCAGAGCAUCGUUGUAAGCAGAGAGAAGCUCACUCGACUCCAGAGAACUAGUGUUAUUGUUGGUUUCUUUUUUUUUUUUUGCGGCUGAUGUUUUAAGCCAAUAUCUGGAUAUCUACGUAGAGGUCAAAGAACCUAGUUGUCUCUUCCUGAGCUGUUUCUCUAGUCUCCUGUCUGUUUUAAGCCUGCUCCCUGUCUAGUAGCAUAUGUACCAGUAUUCCCAUUCCUGGACACUUCAAGCAACAGUGAUGCUGUCCCCUACAUGACAGUCCUACUAUUUAUUUUUUACAUUAAUGUAUUGKUUUUUUGCCUUCACAAACCUUAAGUUUCAUUUCUAGAGAAACAAAAUACCUCAGUAUUUUUUGGUACUGUAAUCCUGUAUAUAUGUCAACUUUUCUUCCCCCCUCCCUGCCCCAAGCACUGACGUGAAAGCACCAGACGAGUGCUUUUUUGAGUUGCCAAGGGUUGUAUGUUUGAUUAUUUAUGAUGUGAAAUAAUAUA